AUGGCAGCAUGCCUAACUACCUAGUCAUAUAGUUUCUUGUGUUCCUCUGUUGUCACAAUUGUUUAUGAUCAAUGGCUUCUAGCUACCAAAGUUCACCUAUGGCUUCUAACUACAAAAUCCACAGAAAAAGUGUUAUCAAUGGCACCAAAGUAUUUCAACAAACCCAAGUAGUUGUAGUUGUGGUUCCUUUUCCAGCACAAGGACAUCUCAACCAACUUCUCCACCUUUCUCGUCUUAUUUUAACAUACAACAUACCAAUCCAUUUUGUUGGCACAACCACACAUAAUCGUCAAGCCAUAGUUCGUGUCCAAGGUUGGGACCCAAAAUCAAUUUCAAAUAUUCAUAUUCAUGACUUUAAAGUUCCACCCUUUGUUUCUCCUCCUCCAAACCCAAAUUCAAAAUCAAAAUUUCCAUCACAUCUUUUUCCUUCCUUUCAAGCUUCCUCUAAUCUUCGUGAACAUGUAGCUACACUUUUACAAUCUCUUUCAUCCGUGGCUAAAAGGGUUGUAGUCAUUUAUGAUUCUCUUAUGGCUUCUGUUGUACAAGAUGCUAUUCAUAUAAAUAAUUGUGAGAGUUACACUUUUCAUAGUGUUUCUGCUUUCACUAUGUUCUUGUACUUUUGGGAUGUGAUGGAAAAACUAAGCCAAAACGAAGAAAAUCUAUAUUUAAAAAGACAUUUAGUGAAAAGUUCCAUCAUCCCAGAAGUUCCUUCUCUAUAAGGAUGUUUUACUACUGAAUUCAUUGAUUUCAUAACUUCACAAUAUGAGUUUCAUAAAUUCAGCAAUGGUAUCAUCUACAAUACAACAAGGGUAAUUGAAAAGCCUUACAUAGAGUUAAUAGAAAACAUGAUUAGUAGCAAGACUCAUUGGGCUUUAGGACCAUUCAACCCUUUAUACAUUGAGAAAGGAAACAAUAAAAGUAGACACUUUUGCAUGGAGUGGCUUGAUAAACAAGAAACUAAUUCAGUUAUUUAUGUGUCUUUUGGAACCACAACAACCUUCAAAGAGGAACAAAUCAUAGAACUAGCAAACGGGUUGGAACAAAGUAAACAAAAAUUUAUUUGGGUACUAAGAGAUGCCGAUAGAGGAAAUGUUUUCAAUGAUGAUGGAGUUAGAAGAGUUGAGUUACCAAAAGGGUUUGAAGAAAAAGUUGAAGGUAUUGGUUUAAUUUUGAGAGAUUGGGCACCACAAUUAGAAAUUCUAAGUCAUUCUUCAAUAGGUGGGUUUAUGAGUCAUUGUGGAUGGAAUUCUUGCAUGGAAAGUAUUACUAUGGGGGUGCCAAUAGCAGCAUGGCCUAUGCACUCUGACCAACCAAGGAACAGAGUUUUAGUUACUGAAGUGCUUAAGGUUGGUUUGGUUGUGAAUGAUUGGACCCACAAAGAUGAGUUAGUGAAAGCAUCUGUUCUGGAGAAUGUUGUGAGGAGAUUGAUGGCAACAAAAGAAGGUGAUGAAAUGAGACAAAAUGCAAUUAAAUUAAAAAAUGAAAUUCUAAAGUCAAAAGAUGCUGGUGGUGUUUGUAAUGUGGAAUUGGAUUCUUUCAUUGCUCAUAUCACUAGAUAGGUGAGUCAAAAAAAUAUCACUAGAUAAAUUAUUUUGACCAAUCACUUUCACAAGCUCAAUUAUGCAUGUUGAUAAAUAUUAAAAAAAAAGCAUAUGGUUUUAAUGAAGCACGUGUGAAUUUCUUACAUCCUUAUCUUUUUUUUUUGGCA